AUGUCCGCCACGCAGUCUUUCGCCUCUACCAAUCUUCCAUUAUCGUUGGGUGCACCCAUCACGUCUUCAUCGUCAGCCAGCCGCACCGGUAGCGAUCUCUUCGCUCGCAGACUGGCCAAGAGCUGCGGAGACUCGCAAAAGAACGAAAACCAAGCACUGCUGGCUCAGCUGAAUGGAACACCUUCGUUUGAAGCUCAGAGAGCCGUCGCCAUGGCCUUCAUAUUGCGUCGUGCAAGCGAGCGCUCCAACGUUUGUACGCAAGCAGAACCUCAUCAAUUCUCUCAGGCUGAAAUCGAUGAAUCUCCUCAAGACCACCAAUCCACGCAAUCUCGACCCCACCAUGACAGCAGCGAUGCGAGCUCUCCCGUUGCAAUGUCUCCCUUGACAGAUGAAGUUCACCAUGCUUUGCGCCAGAACACGGUCAACCAUCACGUGUUGGCGCCGUGCCUGGAUCUACCGAUGCUAGCCUUAGGAGUCCAAGAGCAUCGCUACUGUUCUCCAGGACCAGCAGCGGACCUCGCCAGUUCCAGUGCUGACUUCGCUAGGGAACUCAACAGAUGGGCUGCGACGCCAGGAGGCGGUCUGGUCUAUCCUUGGUCUGCGUCUGCAGCGACGCCACCGUCCGCAUCACCCCAGCAUCACUUUCCGCCCUCUUCUUCGUUGAUGUCUGCUCAUAAUAGAGAUGACGGCUUGAGCGUACUCGAUCCGCGCUUUGGCAACCUCACUGCAGACACCGCUUUUCGCAUGCUAUCUGACGGACCAGACUUUGCACGCAUGUCUCGCGCCGAAUCUAGCAACACGUCCAACAGCUCUGAGCACCAUUCGAGUUCGCACUCCGGCUUUUCCGUUUCGACUGGCAUAGCUCCUAGCAGCUCUCUCACGACCUCGGCGUCUUCUUUCGGUCAACCUUGCGAGCCUCACGAUCAUAGUCGGACACCGUCGCCCAAGCGAACUUCGUCUGGUUCCCUCCACAAUUCGCAGGAGGCUCGUCGCAACACUGCACCGCGCAAUCAAUUGCGACACAAGGACGAACCUCUGUCUAGCGUGCACUCUGAUUUCACCGGGCUUGAGGCCUCGACAGCUGUCAUGACAUCUGCAUCCACUGCACCCUCAAAGACGCAAUCGAGACGCACAUCUGCCGUAGACUCGAAUGGCAGAUACGUCUGUCGCCAUCCAGGCUGUGACAAGACGUUCAGCACCAGCGGUCAUGCCCGCCGACACAGCCACGUGCACUCGCCGCUCUGCCCCUUCAUCUGCCCGCACGAAGGCUGCGACGCGACGUUCUCCCGGCGCGACAAUUGCACACAGCACCAGCGCGCCAGACACUCGCAGGUCUUGGAAGCUCAUCGCCUUGACGAUCAAGAUUCCGGUUAA